AUGUCUGGUGGUCGCCCAAAGCGACCUAUGUCGGCAUGGCUGCUGUUCUGUGAAGCGAAGCGCGAUGAAGUGAAGAGGGACAACCCUGAAAUUGCCUUCACGGAGAUCAACAAAGUCAUCGCGGGGAAGUGGAAGGCGUUGACGGAGGAAGAGAAGAAGCCCUUCGAGGAGGAAGCAGCAAAGCGUUUCGAAGAGUACAAGGGCAAGAAAGCUCUGUACGAGGCUGAAUGCGGCGACGUGUACUACAACAGGAGAGUCUACGACGAGCCUGAGUACACGGGCAAGAGGAGGCGAGUGAAGGAUGUGAACGCGCCGAAGAAGGGACAGAACGCAUACAUGCUGUGGUGCCAUAGUGUGAGGGAGGAUCUUCGCAAGGCGAAUCCCGAAAUGCCAAUGAAAGACAUCCUUAGGGAGCUGGGCCAAAAAUGGAAGGACCUGGAUCCUUCUGAGAAGGAGAAGUGGGAGGAAAAGGCGAAGGAGGACCGAGAUCGCUUCCUGCGUGAGAAGGAGGAGUAUGAGAGCAUCCGAUAUUGAAAUGCGAGAGACGAAGAGGCGGAGAUUGCUGAUCGUCCUGUUCUUAUAUCAUAAAUUUAGUUUGAAGUG